AUGUGGUUGAAGCAAACAGUUCAAAGUUUAAAGAGAACAGCAGCAAUCUCAAAGGCUCAAGCAAUCAAGAAUUUGAGCACCCAAAUCAAGAAAGAAAAUGUCCCAACAGAGAAACUAGACUGUGUGGUGAUAGGAGCAGGAGUGGUGGGGAUAGCAAUAGCUAGAGAGCUUGCUUCCAAAGGCAGAGAGGUUUUGGUCCUUGACUGCGCCACCACUUUUGGCACUGGCACCAGUUCUCGCAACAGUGAAGUCAUUCAUGCUGGCAUCUACUACCCAAAUAAUUCUCUCAAGGCUAUAUUUUGUGUGAGGGGAAGAGAACUUCUGUACAAAUAUUGCUAUGAACAUGGGGUGCCAUAUAAACAGACAGGGAAGCUAAUAGUUGCAACUGGACCAUUGGAGAUUCCGAAGUUAAAUGAGUUAAUGCAUCGUGGAACUCAAAAUGGGGUUGAUGGUUUGAAGAUGUUAAAGGGUUUUGAAGCCAUGAAAAUGGAACCUGAAUUGCAAUGCAAGGAAGCAUUACUAUCACCUGUUUCAGGGAUUGUUGAUUCUCAUUCACUAAUGCUAUCUUUAGUGGGAGAAGCUGAAAAUAAUGGAACAACCUUCUCUUAUAACUCUACAGUCAUUGGUGGCCAUCUUGAAGGGAAUUUUCUGCACCUCCAUGUUUUAGAAAGCAAAGAUCUAGAGAAUUCGAAGGGAGAGGAUCCAUUGCAUCCAGAGCUCAUACUUGUUCCUAAGCUUGUAGUGAAUUCUGCAGGAUUAGCUUCCCUGGCCCUUGCGAAGAGAUUUCAUGGCCUAGAUAAUGGUAUAAUUCCUCCAGGGUACUUUGCUCGUGGUUGCUACUUCACCUUAUCAAGUACAAAGGUUCCUCCUUUUGAACAUUUGAUAUAUCCUAUACCUGAGGAUGGUGGCCUUGGAGUGCAUGUUACUCUGGAUUUAGAUGGCCAAGUCAAGUUUGGCCCGGAUGUUGAAUGGAUCGAUGGCACAGAUGAUAUAUCAAGCUUUCUAAAUAAGUAUGACUAUUCUGUAAGUGCCAGUCGUGCAGAGAGAUUCUACCCAGAGAUAAGAAAGUACUAUCCAAAUCUGAAGGAUGGAUCACUGGAGCCAGGUUAUGCAGGGAUUCGACCAAAAAUAUCUGGUCCUCGACAGUCUCCGGUUGACUUUGUAAUACAGGGAGAGGAUAUCCAUGGGGUGCCUGGUCUUGUUAACCUCUUUGGAAUUGAGUCACCUGGCCUAACUGCAAGUAUGGCAAUUGCAGAGCAUGUAGCUGCCAGAUUCUUAAAGUGA